AUGAGCCUAGAUCGCCAGGAUGCUGUUCAGAAAGAGGAGUUGAAUGGUACAGGAAAGCCUGCCUUGCAGAAUCUGUCCAAGUUUCCCUCUGGUUCAAAUCCAGCCAGGGAGCUGAUUACUGAGCAAACUCCCUCAAUGUUGGUUCGGACUAGAAAAAACCUCGCGGAACCUGUGGUGGCUGCAUUUAUGGCUGGUGGAGUGGCUGGUGCAGUUUCCAGAACAAUAGUGUCACCACUCGAACGAUUGAAGAUUCUGCUUCAAAUUCAAAGUGUCGGUCGAACAGAAUACAGAUUAUCAAUCUGGAAAGCCUUGGUGAAGAUGGGACGGGAAGAAGGCUGGCGUGGUUUCAUGCGAGGAAAUGGAACAAACUGUAUUCGCAUUAUCCCUUACUCCGCGGUACAGUUUGGGAGCUAUAAUUUUUACAAGCAAUUUGUAGAGUCUCCUGAUGGUGAGAUGACCCCAAUGCGUCGCCUUGUUUGUGGAGGUGUUGCUGGCAUCACCUCAGUGACUAUCACCUAUCCUCUGGACAUUGUGCGAACCCGGCUUUCCAUUCAAUCCGCCUCCUUUGCCGAUCUUGGAGCAAGAGACCCAAGCCAAAAACUGCCAGGCAUGUUCACUACAAUGGCCAUGAUCUAUAAAAAUGAAGGUGGGACAAAGGCUUUAUACCGUGGAAUUGCACCUACCGUUGCUGGAGUUGCCCCAUAUGUGGGACUCAAUUUCAUGACCUACGAAUCGGUGCGCAAGUAUCUAACACCGGAAGGGGACAAAAACCCUAGCUCCUAUCGAAAAUUAUUGGCUGGCGCGAUCUCUGGAGCAGUCGCUCAGACCUGUACCUAUCCUUUUGAUGUACUACGUCGACGAUUCCAAAUCAACACAAUGUCGGGAAUGGGUUACCAAUACACCUCAAUCUGGGAUGCCGUGAGGGUCAUCGUGGCUGAAGAGGGACUACGUGGACUCUUCAAGGGGAUAGGGCCAAAUCUUUUGAAAGUUGCUCCCAGUAUGGCCAGCAGCUGGUUGAGUUUUGAAAUGACUCGUGAUUUCUUUGUCGGCUUGAAUGAUAGAGAAUAG